AUGUCUACCCUCGCCUACCAUCCUCCUGCCGAGCUCGUCGCUCUGUCCCAGACCGAUAGCGCUUGCAAUUUCCCUCCCAAUUUCCACAUCCAGAACUUCGUGGCCAAGUCGAAUGGGACUGGCCCAACAGCCACUCUAAGUGCAUACAACUUCACCUUUGUGGACCAAGUAACGAGCAUCACCACCAGCUGCUCUUUCAACUCGAGCUCCGUUUCCACUACUCCGCCAGGCCUGGCGCCACGAUACGCCUGUGCUCAUGGAGACGUCAAAUUUAUCUGGGAAGAUGCGCGCAAGCAAUUGACCAUGGUUGAGAGGAUCUGCCCAACCUCCAAGGGCACUGAUCAAUACGAAGUUACUGGCUCAACAGUCAUCCCUUUGACUUGCACCGGAUCGGGAGCCUGUAGCACCAACUCGACCGAUUUCGACGUGAAAUACACUGCACUGGACCCCGUCUCAGAUCCCACUCGGCGGGUCAAGUAUUGGGUGAGCUAA